AGGAUGUGGAUUCCUACACUUGGCUUUUCACACGCUUCAUGCCUGCAAUGGGACGUGAACCAACCUGCAUUAUUACAGACCAAGACCCAGCUAUGCGCAUUGCAAUUGAGAAAGUAUAUUCAACUUCCAAACAUCGGUAUUGUAUGUGGCAUAUUAUGUAAAAAGUGACACAAAAGGUAGGUCCGGUCUUAAGUAAUAAUCAAACUUUUAUAUCAUCAUUGAAUUCAAUUGUGUGGAGUCAUUAUCUUGACACAACCCAGUUUGAAGAUAAGUGGACAUCUCUCAUGAAACAAUAUGACUUGACAGCACAUGUGUGGUUUUGUCACAUGUUUGAGUUGCGCAGAUGGUGGAUUCGUUCUUAUUUUAGAGAUACUUUUAUGGCCGGUUUGCUUCGUACCACAUCGCGCUCUGAGAAUGAGAAUUCCUUCUUUCGGGAAUUUACUAACCCACACUUUAGUUUAGUUGAAUUUUUAAUGCAGUUUGAGAGUGUAAUGGAUGCACAGAGGCAUAAUAAUGACAAAUUGAAUUCUGAUUUGGAGUCUUACAUUCCAGAUCUCAAGACUCCUUUAACAAUGGAAAAGGCAGCUGGUGAUGUUUUCACACUCUCUAGUUUUUAUGACCUGCAAACAGAAAUAUGUUCAGCUUGUUUUGCAUGUCGUGUGUUACAUCUUGAUGGUCGUGAUGGUGUUUUUGACUAUGACAUUUGUGACGAUCGGAAUCUGGUGUUUAAAGUUCAUUUUGAAAUGUCAGAUAUGAAGCCGGAGUGCAGUUGUAAAUUCUUCCAGUGGAUUGGUUUGGUUUGUCGUCACAUCUUUCUUGUCUUAAAAGACUCGAAAGUUGAACAGAUUCCAGAACAUUUUGUUAAUACCCGGUGGUGUAAGAGGGGUUUAAUCAAAUCGUAAAGUGUCACGUUAGAGGAGAAUAAGAUGUGUGUGAACUCUCUAUGGUCUGAUAUAUAUGCAUGUCUCUUGUUCAAAAUAACCCAUGUUACUUGCAACAGUUUUCAGGCAUUAUUAAAGAUCAGAAAGAGAUCCUUCUUUCCCUUCAGAGUGGGGGUGUACAGUCAUCAACAAAGCAGUCAGUAUUUGAGUCCUUUUAUGGUUCCGUUGCGCCUUCUGUCGUCACGGUUCAUCCUCCACAACAGGCCAGGAAUAAAGGUUCAGGACGUAGGAUCAAGUCUUCCAAAUAGGUUUCUAUCCAAGAAUCUAAACGUCCUAAGAGACUUUGUCGUUCGUGCAAUGAGAUGUGUCAUCAUGAUAGCCAGAACUGUCUGUUGAAUAAAUAGCUAGGAUUGUUUAAGAUCAUGGUUUUUAUUUAUUACUGGAUUAUCUUUGUUUUUUACCCCGUCGGAUUUACACUGUUGACAAAUUAUGUUUGUGAAUAUUGUUUUGUGUUUUAUAAAGUAUGC